AUGGGGACCCGUUUUAAAUUCGUGUUUUGGGCUGUGACCAUCGUGAUUUGUUUGGGAGUGUUUGGAAUUGGUUCGGUUUCUGCUCAGAAUCGAAGACCUAAGAAUGUUCAAGCUGCGGUUCGGGCCAAGUGGUCCGGUACUCCAUUGCUCCUAGAAGCUGGUGAAUUACUAUCAAAAGAACAGAAAGACCUUUUUUGGGACUUUGUUGAGGUCUGGCAUCAGAGUGAGAAGGAUGAUGUUAAUUCUCAUAACGCUAAAGAUUGCUUAAGAAAAAUUGUAAAACAUGGCCUCUCUAUUUUAAGUGAACCACUGGCAUCUCUGUUUGAAUUCUCUCUUAUGCUGAGAUCUGCAUCUCCAACAUUGGUGCUUUAUCGACAACUAGCUGAGGAGUCUCUAUCUUCUUUUCCUCUGGUUGAUGAAAGCAAUUCGAGCGAGCAUGUAGAAGGUAAAAGGUCAGAUCCCUUGAAUGUUGGUCUAAACCCAAAAAGCCCUAAUGGGAAAUGUUGUUGGGUGGAUACUGGAGGUGCACUGUUAUUUGAUGCUGCAGAUUUGAAAAUUUGGCUUCAUAGUCCCAGAGAGUCCUCUGGAGAUUCAUUUCAACAGCCUGAAAUUUUCGAAUUUGAUCACAUCCAUUUUGAUUCAAGUGUUGGAAGUCCGGUUGCUGUUCUUUAUGGAGCUCUUGGAACUGAUUGCUUUAGGGAGUUCCACCUCACCCUAGUUGAAGCUGCAAAAGAGGGAAAAGUUAAGUAUGUUGCUAGACAAGUAUUGCCUUCUGGCUGUGAUGCGGAGAUUGACCAUUGUGGUGCUGUUGGUACAAGAGAUUCGGUAAACUUGGGUGGUUAUGGAGUAGAACUUGCUUUGAAGAAUAUGGAGUAUAAGGCUAUGGAUGAUAGUACUAUAAAGAAAGGGGUCACUUUAGAAGAUCCGAGGACUGAAGAUCUAAGCCAAGAAGUCAGAGGGUUUAUAUUCUCUAAAAUUCUGGAACGCAGACCUGAACUCACAUCAGAGAUAAUGGCAUUCAGGGAUUAUCUGUUGUCAUCAACAGUAUCUGAUACACUCGAUGUUUGGGAACUAAAAGAUUUAGGACAUCAAACUGCACAGAGGAUAGUUCAUGCUUCUGAUCCCUUGCAAGCAAUGCAGGAAAUUAAUCAAAAUUUUCCAAGCAUUGUCUCUUCCUUAUCUCGCAUGAAGCUCAAUGAUUCAGUUAAAGAUGAAAUAAGUGCAAACCAGAGAAUGAUCCCACCUGGCAAGUCCUUAAUGGCUCUGAAUGGUGCUUUACUCAAUAUUGAAGAUAUUGACCUUUAUCUGUUGGUUGACUUGGUACAUCAGGAUUUAUCAUUGGCGGAUCAGUUUUCAAAAUUGAAGAUUCCUCAUAGCACUGCAAGGAAACUCCUGUCGACUGUGCCUCCUCCAGAAUCUAAUAUGCUCCGUGUAGAUUUUCGUUCAAAUCAUGUUCAUUAUCUAAAUAACUUGGAAGAAGAUGCUAUGUAUAAACGAUGGAGGAAUAAUCUAAAUGAGAUUUUGAUGCCAGUGUUCCCUGGACAGCUACGUUAUAUCCGUAAAAACCUUUUCUAUGCAAUUUCUGUUAUUGAUCCAGCAACUGUUUGUAGUCUUGAGUCCAUUGACAUGAUUACGUCUUUGUACGAGAAUAACUUCCCUAUGAGAUUUGGGGUUGUACUGUAUUCUUCGAAGUUCAUCAAGCAGAUUGAAACUAGUGGCAGUGAAGAUGACAGUAAAAUUGGGGAGGAUAUAUCCAGCUUGAUUAUACGUCUCUUCAUUUAUAUCAAGGAGAAUCAUGGAAUUCAAACAGCUUUCCAGUUUUUGAGCAAUAUAAAUAAAUUGCGGAUUGAUUCUGAUGGUUCUGACGAUGAUGCUCUUGAAAUGCACCAUGUCGAAGGAGCAUUUGUAGAAACUGUAUUAUCCAAGGCAAAAUCUCCACCUCAAGAUUUAUUACUGAAGCUGGAGAAGGAGCAAACUUACAAGGAACUUUCUCAAGAAAGCUCCAUGUUUGUCUUUAAGCUGGGUUUGGCUAAGCUGCAGUGUGGCCUGUUGAUGAAUGGGCUUGUGGUGGAUUCUAAUGAGGAGGCCCUUAUAAAUUCCAUGAAUGAUGAGCUACCCAGAAUACAGGAGCAAGUUUACUAUGGGCAUAUAAAUUCUCGAACAGAUGUUCUUGAUAAAUUUUUAUCAGAAAGUGGUACUACUCGCUAUAAUCCACAGAUUAUUGCUGGUGGAAAACCAAGGUUCGUUUCUCUGUCUACAUAUGUUCUUGGAGGAGAAGGUGUCUUAAAUGAUAUUGCCUAUUUGCAUUCUCCUGAAACUAUGGAUGAUUUGAAGCCUGUGACUCAUCUUCUAGCUGUUAAUAUGGAUGGGUCUAAUGCUGCUCGAGUAGGUGUGCUUUUCAGUGUCAAUCAGCAUGCUGAUGUUUCUAGUCUUCUUUUCGUGAAGGCGUUUGAAAUCACCGCAUCCUCAUAUAGCCAUAAGAAAAAGGUGUUAAACUUUCUGAGUCAGAUGUGCACAUUAUAUGAGCAUAAUUACUUGCUUGCACCAUCUGAAGCUUCUGAGAGCACUCAAGCAUUUAUAGAUAAAGUCUGUGAGUUGGCUGAGGCUAAUGGGUUAUCAUCAAAGCCCUAUAGAUCUGCUCUUUCUGAAUUUUCUGCUGACAAAUUGGGAAAAUAUGUGAAUAAGGUAGCACAAUUUUUAUAUAGGGAGCUUCGCCUUGAAUCUGGUGUUAAUGCAGUCAUUACUAAUGGAAGGGUGACACUUUUAAAUGACGAGAGCACCUUCUUGAGCCAUGAUUUACGUCUUCUAGAGUCUCUGGAGUUUGCACAGAGAAUAAAGCACAUAGUGGAAAUUAUUGAAGAAGUGAAGUGGCAGGAUGUGGAUCCUGACACCCUAACAAGCAAAUUCAUUAGUGAUACUAUCAUGUGUGUGUCAUCUUCAAUGGCUAUGCGGGAUCGAAGUUCUGAAAGUGCACGCUUUGACAUUUUGAAUGCAGAAUAUAGUGCCAUUGUUUUGAACAAUGAAAAUUCUAGUAUUCAUAUCGAUGCAGUUGUUGAUCCUUUAAGUCCAUAUGGCCAGAAGCUAUCAUCAAUUCUUCGCGUUCUUUGGAAAUACAUUCGGCCCAGCAUGAGGAUUGUACUAAAUCCAAUGAGUUCUCUUGUCGAUCUUCCUCUGAAGAAUUAUUACAGAUACGUGGUACCAACAGUGGAUGACUUCAGCAGCACCGACUACACAAUAAAUGGGCCAAAAGCCUUUUUUGCAAACAUGCCACUGUCCAAAACUCUCACAAUGAAUCUUGAUGUUCCUGACCCGUGGCUAGUUGAGCCUGUUAUUGCAGUCCAUGACUUGGAUAAUAUUUUGCUUGAGAAUCUUGGUGAGACACGGACAUUACAAGCUGUGUUUGAGCUUGAAGCUCUUGUCCUUACGGGUCAUUGUUCUGAGAAAGAUCAUGAUCCUCCCCGUGGCCUUCAGUUGAUUAUUGGUACUAAGAGUACACCUCACUUGGUUGAUACUCUUGUGAUGGCCAAUCUGGGAUAUUGGCAAAUGAAAGUGUCUCCUGGGGUUUGGUACUUGCAGCUUGCUCCUGGUAGAAGUUCGGAACUUUAUGUUCUGAAAGAUAAUGGUGACGGAAGUGGAAACAAAACAUUUUCCAAACGCAUCACCAUAAAUGAUUUGCGGGGUAAAGUAGUUCACCUGGAAGUAGCGAAGAAGAAGGGAAAGGAGCAUGAAAAAUUGCUAGUGUCUGAUGUUGAAGACAACACACAGGAUAAUAAGGAGGGAAGUAGCUGGAACACCAACUUCUUGAAAUGGGCUUCUGGUUUUAUUGGUGCUGCUGAACAAUCAAAAAAGAGUGGAAGUACUUCAGUGGAGCAAGGAAAGGAUGUACGACAUGGAAAAACGAUUAAUAUUUUUUCUAUUGCUUCUGGACACCUAUAUGAACGUUUUCUAAAGAUCAUGAUUUUAAGUGUCUUGAAGAACACCCGUCGUCCAGUCAAAUUCUGGUUCAUAAAGAACUAUUUGUCUCCUCAGUUCAAGGAUGUCAUUCCACUUAUGGCUCAAGAAUAUGGGUUUGAGUAUGAACUAGUCACCUACAAGUGGCCUACAUGGUUGCACAAGCAGAAAGAAAAGCAAAGGAUUAUUUGGGCCUAUAAAAUCUUGUUCCUUGAUGUUAUCUUCCCCCUUUCUUUGGAAAAGGUCAUUUUUGUUGAUGCAGAUCAAGUUGUUAGGGCAGACAUGGGAGAACUCUAUGACAUGGAUAUAAAAGGAAGACCUCUUGCAUAUACUCCAUUUUGUGAUAACAACAAGGAUAUGGAUGGAUAUCGGUUUUGGAGACAAAGGGUUUCUGGAAAGAACAUUUACGGGGAAAAAUCCUAUCACAUAAGUGCUUUGUAUGUUGUUGAUUUGAAGAAAUUUCGAGAGACUGCAGCAGGAGAUAAUCUGAGAGUUUUCUAUGAGACUCUUAGCAAGGACCCAAACAGUCUAUCUAAUCUGGAUCAGGAUCUUCCAAACUAUGCUCAACAUACAGUACCGAUAUUUUCAUUACCGCAAGAAUGGCUGUGGUGUGAAUCAUGGUGUGGUAAUGCCACAAAGUCCAAAGCAAAAACCAUUGAUCUUUGUAACAAUCCCAUGACUAAGGAACCCAAGCUUCAGGGAGCUAGAAGAAUAGUUUCUGAAUGGCCAGAUCUUGAUUUGGAGGCGAGGCAAUUCACUGCGAAAAUCUUAGGUGACGAACUGGAUGUCCAAGAGUCCACACCACUGCCUAAUCAAUGGGAGAAAUCAGUGAUUGGCAGUCCAGCAGAGGACCUUGAAUCUAGGGCAGAGUUGUGA